AUGGAAACCACGGACAGUCUCGAGACCGAGGCUGAUCUGACGAUGCGGCCUUCGUCGAGAAGCCCGACAAAGAUGGCGACUGGUGGGGGUCUUUUGUUAUUCCUUAUGCUACGGUCGCUGACGAAAGGCUUGAAGGGGACUCUUGGAGCUAUUCUGACGACACUACGAUGUUCCCCCAUUCUCUGCAUCCCGAAGGAGAAGCACGUCGAGCGCAAGAUCAUCGACGGGAAGGAGCAGGGCGUUGAGGUCGAGGAUGCCCGAGACGUGGCUCAGCCGAGCUUGCGCAAGGCUGUCAAGGUCGUCCCCCAGGAUAGUGUCGUUUUCAGCGCGAGCAUCGCCUACAACGUCAGCAAGCCCGGUGCGGUCACGAAGGCCGCACGUAUGCCCGAGCGGAUCACGAGCUUCCUAGACGGUUACAGCAGGAUGGGCGAGCGUGGCGUGGGGCUGAGCGGGAGAGAGGCAGCAUGUGGCGAUCGCCGGGACGCUCCUUCCGUCCCCCGGCUGCUUGACGAACCUACUAGUGCGCUGGAAGCCGCGACGGAGAAGGACAUCUAG